UGCAAGUGCGAAAGCCCAAUUGAAAUUACAUGCAACCAUUCUGUGAAAUUGAUAUAGAGCCGUCCAACCCAAAAAAUGUCCAGCUUGAAUUACUUCAUGCAUCGUCGACAAUCUACUUGUGUUGCUGCUCCACAUUGGAUUGCGAAUAAAUAUUUCCUUUCCUCCUACUCUAACAUCUGCAAUUCAUCCAAUUUUUCAAUCUAUACAAACUGCAGAGGAUUUACAAUGUUUUCCAAGAAAAACUUCAAGUUGCGAGCCCUACAUAGAUGGAAAGCUGAAGAAAUGCCCUCAAGUACGUCUUACAAGUUGAACGAAUCCUGCAAGCUUGUUCUUCAAGCAGGGGAUAUAACCAAAUGGCACGUCAAUGGCGAGACUGAUGCAAUUGAAACAGGUAAAUGCGGCCAAUAAACGCAUGCUGGGAGGUGGGGGAGUAGAUGGAGCUAUUCACAGGGCUGCUGGACCGGAACUUUUAGCAGCAUGUCGAGCUAUUCCAGAAGUUGAACCUGAUGUUCGAUGCCCAACUGGUAGUGCCAGAAUCACGAAAGCUUUCAAGCUCCUCGUAUCACAUGUUAUAUAUACAGUUGGUCCUGUUUAUGAAAGUGACGAAGACCCACCGAAUGCCCUCUCAAAUGCAUACAAAAACUCUGUAAUGGUUGCAAAAGAGAAUAACAUCAAAUAUAUUGCAUUUCCAGCCAUAUCCUGCGGUAUAUAUCGAUAUCCUCCCGAAGCAGCAGCUCAAGUGGCAUUGUCGACGCUUCAGGAGCACACAGCCGAUUUGAAGGAGCCUUUGGAACUAAGGCUCUCGGAACAAUUUCUGAUUCUCCCACUGGACCACCAUUCUAACUUGUCUUCUCUGGCCUCCACCAGCGCCUCAACCCUCAUUCCAAAAAGAAUUGUGAGCAACCAAUCUUGUGAAGAUACUUCAAAAGGUUACUGUUUCCUUGAAAGUUUAAUUGAAUCCCGUUCCUCUGUAAGCUGGUCUGCAAAAUACAUGGAGAGGGCCUGGUUCCAAAUAAUUUCUUCUUUAAAAUUAUUACACUCUUAGUUCAAGAAGGGAUUCUAAUGAGUAGGGUUGAGAAAUCAUGUUUGCAUGAUUUUAUGUUGAGUUUUAAAAAAAUGAAAUGCAAAGGAAGCAAGGUAACCCGGGUAAUUAUAGCACAUAUAGCUAAUAGCAUACAUGUUUUCAUUAUUAUCGGCAUAAUUUGUAAAAUGUGGUCGCUACAAGAAUACGUAGUCCCAGAAAGGUGGUUUUGGGCUCCAAGACUGAAGUAGAUUUGAUAUAUAGGUUAGACAUGGUGCUUAACCAAAAAGAUUAAUUAUGUGGCAUAAGGUAACUUAUUCACCACUUAUAAUAUUAUUAGUUCCCUUCUUCAUACAUCGUAGAAUGCCUGGUAAUCAUUAGAAUCAGGUAUUGACUGAUUAAGGCAAUGGCAGGUGCACUUUGUUCUAUAUGGUCCAGAUGCUUGGAAAGCAUGGUUGAAAGAAUCUGAGAGAUUAUUUGAAAAACAAGAGAAUUGUGUAGAGAAUUGAUCAUUUGUUGGAAGAGCUUCUGGAUGUUACAGUCUAAAUACAUUCUAAGAGUUCUUUCAAUAAUAAAGCACUGCAAACAAGGCCUCAAAAGCUUAAUGGUUAUUUGCAUAGACAUCUAUCUCACAAUCUUGUAUUUCUUUGGGAAUCACAAAUAUUAAAGUGGAUUGCAUGGUACUCUAAAAUGCCAACUUUGAAUACUAUCAAUCUUCUAUUUCAUUGGGAAUCACAAAUGCUGAACUGAAUUUCAUAUAACUGUAAUAUUUUUUUUU